AUGUCUACUUCCGUGGGGGUUAACGUUCUCCGAUGGGGUGCCCUGGCCACCGGCGUCUUCUACGGCCUCUACAACCAGGUCUCGAUAUCGUCGCGUGAGCGAUUGCAAGCUAAGCAAAGGGAAUGGGAACACCAUGAGUCUUUGAUCCAGCAGGCAAAGGCUGAGUGGGCGAAGACACAUCCAUCAGAACAGCCCAAGGCAUCUUCAUCUUCCAGCGCAGCGAAAGUAGACCCCAAGGACCCCAACGCCGAUUUGAACGCUCUCCUCGGUAUUACGGACGAGAAAUAA